GAAGUUGUUCUCGUGACUGGUGCAGCAGCUGGCUUGGGUUUCUGUGUAAAACAAAAGCUUCGCCAGAAAGGUGCUCGAGUUGUUGCACUUGAUGUGGUAGACUGUACCUUGUCAGAUUACUACAAGUGCGACGUGAGCGACGCAGACGCUGUCGCCAAAACUGCCGAGGCUAUCAAGGCAUCCAUUGGUGUCCCAACAGUGGUAGUGAGUAAUGCAGGGAUCGUCAGACCAGGCACUGUCCUGGCAAGCUCUCUAGAUGAUAUCAAGCGGACUCUCGACAUCAACCUCUUGGGACAGUUCAUCCUUGCCAAAGCCUUCCUACCAGAUAUGCUUGAUCACGAGGGACAAUGGGUUACAGUCGGCUCAACCCUCGGUUACGUGGGUUGUCACUCAUUAGCUUCCUAUACGGCAAGUAAAGCUGCUGUUCUCUCUUUUCACGAAUCACUUACAGCUGAGCUUGCUGAGUCGCAUCCUCGCAUCGCCACAACACUUGUCCUGCCAGGCCAAAUGUCAGAAUCGAUGUUUGCAAAGCUCAGCACGCCAAAUAGCUUUCUAGCACCUGUUGCUGAGCUUGAGAAGGUAGCAGACUGUAUCGUUGAGCUCAUUGAAAGACGCCAGCCCGGGGAGUUUGCCAUGCCCCUGUAUGGCCGAUUCCUGGGAAUCUUGCGUGUCUUGCCCAGUGGUUUACAGCAGCUUGCAAGACGCUUCUCCGGUAUGGAUGGAGCAGCUCAAUCUUUCAGCUCUUUAGCCGCAGCUGAGACCAAGCGCAAAGCAUGA